CCACGACUAAGCUGAGCGUCUCUUUUUACAUUUACUUUUGCAGGCGAGUUCUCAAAUGCUUGAACACGAAGCUAAAUAACACCGCCUCUCCCCACAGUCGGAUUGCCUUGAACCCUCUCCUCUAACCGACGAUGACCACCAAUAUCCACGUCACCGCUCUCGACGGCAUCGUGAAUGUGAACUCCCUCUUCACGUUCGCCGUCUUCAUCGGCUUGACUUGGAACCCCACUGACCCAAACGGCUCCGACAGGCCCCUCAUCUCAGAUCCCAAAUGUGCUCCCACCAGGCAAAUCGUGGAGAACCUCAUUUCCUUCCAUGUCUACUCCUUCAGCUCCUUCCUCUUCUCCAGCAUCAUCGCUUUGGCCCUCAAGCAAGCCCUCCGGAUCUCCAAAACCCACUAUUUCAAUACCGAGUUAACCUUUUUGGUUAAGAUUAACAAGAACUUGCUUCGGAUCGGGAUGCUGAUCUCAGCUGUGGGUUCCGUUUCCGGGUGCGGUUUCUUGAUGCUGGCUUUGAUUAAUGUGGUGCAGGUCAAGCUCGGAACUUUGGCUUGUGGAAGCAGCUACGCCUUUUCUGCUGUUGUUCCGCUCGUGAUUUUCGUCCCUGCUGGUCUCUUCAUCUAUUCAUGCCUUGUUUUGUAUGCUUUCACUCGUUAGUUUCCUUAAUAUUUUGUUGUUUGUACUGUUGUUGAUGUAACUUGUAUGGUUUCAGUGAAUUACAAUGAAUUGAAAACCUUCAU